ACAACAACUUAAGAAAAUAAGAAGACAUGCAAGCGGAACAGGAAACACAGCUCACAAACGUAAACAAACGUGAUCCCUUGUGAUGAUAGCUCUAUGGUGUGACCGUACCGACGACCAUCACUUAAAAACAGUUAAUUAGAAUAGGGCCUAGAAAUCGUGUAGCCCACGAUGACGACGUGUAUUCAGCGACCGAAACUAUCAGAUUUUGGUUUUACAACAGAUGAUAGCAGCGUGUUUUAUCGUCCGCAAUGGUCCAAGUUACCCUUGUUAGUCCUAGCCAUCUACCGGGUUGUUGUAUCCCUGUACGUGAUUGGUUUCUUCAUCGGUGUGUUGGUCCUUUCUAUCAAGAGCCAGGGCGGUGCAUCAUUCGUCUACCUGACAACGAUCGCCUUCAUGAUCUUCAUUGCAUACAACGUGACGGCGAGUGUUAAUGUUAUCUGGGAUGGUUGCAUCAAGCGGAGAAAUGCCGGUGAAGAACUUUGUGUCCGUCACAAGACUCACUGGUUCCUCUUCAGCAUGACAACCAACCUCAAUUUCCUAGUCACCCUGGUCUAUUGGAGCGCCCUUUACACGCCCAUGCUCCCACUCAUCUAUGAUCUGACCAUGCACACCCUGACAUCCGUCGUCUGCCUGUUGGAUAUCUUCCUCACACCGGUGCCCAUCUACCUCCUGCACUUUGUCUACCCUCUGCUGCUUGGCACCAUCUACCUCGUCUUCACACUCAUCUUCUGGGCGGUGGGCGGCUUCCACAGACAGCCCAUCUACCCCUUUCUAGAUUACACGGAUCAUCCGGGCCGAGCAGCAGGUGCGAUCGUGGGGAUCUUCGCCGCAGUGGUGCUCAUGCAGGGUGCUGUCUGGGCACUGUAUAAAUUUAAACAGUGGAUCUGGGUCAGAUGUGACGGUGGCACCAGUGCUCCUACCCGACUGAGGACGUUAUCGGCUGCCGAAGUGGAGGAGCAUUGCAUCGAGGAUGAGAAGGUAGUUGAUGAGCCAAUCACGACUGGACAGAUAUGAACAUCAGUAGUUACAUACACAUCGAUGGCACAUACACCCGCAUGUUGAGGAAGGUUGAGGAAGGUUCAGUUCAGAAGGUUCACCAAUGUCCGGCUCUAUGGAAAACUCCCUGCGCUCACGGAGAAGAUCAAGGCGGGUAGGUUGCAGCUUGCUGGUCACUGCCACAGACACCCUGUGCUGCCUGCCUGCUAGUAAGCUCGUGGCUUGGGAACCAACGCAUGGCAGACAAGAGCCUGGACGCCCAAGGACAACUAUGUUAAUGACGUUGAUGCAGGAUGCAGGAGUCGAGACGAAGGAGGAGUUGGCCAGCUGCAUGGAGUCAAGGGAGGUGUGGCAACGUCUCGAGCCGACUUGAUAGAUAGAUAGAUAUAGUUACAUACAGCAGGUUCUGGACAUAUUUAAAAGUCUCAGCCUCUUUUUUCUGCCCUCCGGCAUAUUUAAAGUCUCAGCCUCUCUGUGCCCAUCUUUAAAAAGACUGUAAAAUCUUCAAUCAAAAACAUUGUGCACACAUGCGGCUUGUAUCAAGUCUACAUAUUACUUUGAAUCAUUGAAAGUGUAGCAGGACCCAACGUACUUUCAUUUCGACACAAAAGAAUAUGAUGACGCACAGUCGGUGCAUGCUGAACUUCAUGCUCUAUGACUGAUAAAUGCAUACUUUCAGUGGGGGCGCUGUUCAAAUCCGGCAAUAAUUAACACUAUAUCACAGAAUAAUGUACAUAUACCCCCUUACCAAUAACCAAGCUGGAUCUGUACGUAGGAGGGCAAAGUACCAAUGGGGGGAGCCCACUACCUUAAAAAUUAACAAAAUACACAUGUAUGGCUCACAAUUGCUCGCCAAGGGGGGCCCGGCCCCACCGCGCC